CAAAUGAAGCGGUGCCAUCUCGUGAACGCCGCGCAGGAUGACGGCUCUGAGCUGUUGCUGAAGGAACAGGUCUGUUGUCACGGAAAGCAGGAGCAGGAGUGCAGCUGAACUCUGUUUUUUGAGUGGACGAGAUGAUGAGAGGCAGCAGCUGAGGUCGGAACGUGAUGAUAAAUUACAGGAAAUUAAAGAAUUCCAGCAAGUGAAAAUAGUUUGAUUAAAAACUAAAAUCUUACUGUUUCUUCAUGGUAACACUUUACAAUAAGUGUAAAUGAAUUAAAAUGAGUUAAUUCUGUAAUAGCCAUUUACUAACUGUUAAUUAAUGGUUUAACUAAUUUAAUGAUGUUAUUCAGGUUAAUUAAAGUAUCACUUUAUACAUUAUUCAAGGGUUUACUGGUCAUUUCAGUUAACACUAACUGUUUUACUUAGAUAAAUAAGACCCUUAUUUGAAGUGGGUUUCACUUAACAAAGACUUCACAAAUACAUUUCAUAUUCCCUUUCAUAUUAUAAGAAUUCUAAGCAGUAGCUUCUUUUAUAAAUUGUAAACAAACAUAAAAAAAGGUUGUGAGUCUACAUACUGAGGGAAUAAACCGUGUUCUAUGUGUGGCUACAAUGGGAGCCAUGUAUACAAACACAAGGAGACUUAGCUAAUUUUAGGACGACGACGACAUGUGGCACCAACACUUUGAGACUGGACUCUUACAUGGGGCUGGAAUUUGCAGCCUUCAUGCAUGCAUUCAUGCUGCUCCUGAGAAUCUUUAGACCGAUGGUGUCACCCUUCAGUCCUCCCCCCUUUCCUCACGCUGUCCACAGCAGGUGAUUUGUGAAUCCGAUCCGACGUUCUAAGCACCUCCCCCCCUGCGAAAAAACAUCUCUACUGAUGACUUGAACUCCAGCAAAGACAGAUUUAGCAACAGCCAAAGAAACCAUGUGCCAGACGGGCAGUGGAGCACAGUGACAGUGUUACUAGUGUCACUAGUGUCACGCUCUCCUACUAUUGCUCACUCAGACACUCUUUGCCUACUGAAGUGGUUCUAUGAGCUGCCACAUAACAACCACGAUGGAGAUUGAUGAAGACGAUAGCAACAGCGCGUUGCCAAACCUCGAGUACAAAGGUGCCCAUCAAGCCUUCAGGGAUCGUUGGAAAGAGACAGAUGACACAAUGUGUCGCCACAGCAUGUCUUUCCACCUGCAACACACACUGAGGAGCGAGUUCUUUGCCAGUUACUUGUACCUGAUGGAGAAGAUUCCUCUGGUGAAGCUGUUCCCCGUCACCUGUGAGUACAUCAAGGGUGAGAAGCAGUUUUACUACCGAGCGCAGCAGUUUUACGAGGAUGUGCCUGCCUCGGAGGAGGGCAUGAUGGGAGAUUUUGUGGAUAUAUCCAAUGUUGAUCUGGAGGGUUCCCGGGAGUUUCUGAAGAGCUUUGUGGGUCCGGGUAAGGCCGGCACACACUGCGCUCUGGACUGCGGCUCCGGGAUCGGGCGCGUGACUAAAGGAGUCCUCCUUCCCGUGUUUGAGAAAGUGGAGAUGGCCGACAUGAUGGAACACUUCCUGCUCCACGCGCACGAGGAAUACCUGGGUGACGACGCUGACCGCAUCGAGACCUACUACUGCUUCAACCUGCAGGAGUUCACGCCCCCAAAAAACAAAUACGAUGUCAUCUGGAUGCAGUGGGUGGCAUGUCACCUGACAGACAGGGACCUAAUGAACUUCCUGUUCCGAUGUAAGAAGAGCCUGCGUCCAAACGGCGUCAUUAUCAUGAAGGAUAACAUGGCCCGGCAGGGCUGUAAAUUAGACCCCAUCGACAGCAGCAUCAGCCGCCACCUGGACAUCAUGAAGAGCAUCAUCGCCAAGGCUGGUCUGGAGGUUCUGGCUGUGGAGAAACAGGAAGGCUUCCCUGAGAUCAUCAUGCCUGUCUGGAUGAUUGCGAUGAAAUAGAGAGUGACAUUAUUGUUGAGUAUUGACUCUCAAACACCAAGAGGAAAAUCCAACCUGAAGCUGAAUUCACACUUUAUUCCACUUGUGGUCACUUCUCUAAGAAACUGCAACAACAUAGCGAGGAAUCUUCUCAAUGUCAUCAGAAGAUAAAUCGUGAAACAGCAGUGUGGACAGCAUGAUGGCACCCAGGGUGAUUUCAGGGAGACGGGAGUCAUUUUUGCUGCUUUGCACUGACAUGAAAUAAAGCGUUAGUGGAACAUCAAACAUCUACAGAAGCACUCUGUAUGUCUACGAAGACAUACUUUCAUUUACUGUCCGGCAACCACCCUCCGGGUUUUGUAUUUUUGACGAUAUCAAAUGUCUGGAUGCUCAGUGAGAGCUUCUUCCUGUCGAAACCCCCAAAAUCAACAGAAUAACACGUGAAUUUAGAUUUACUGUUGUUUUCUCCUCUCAGUGAAAAAUGGCCAAUGACAACGUUUGAAAGGGAAAUCCAGAAGAACAAAUAUAAGUAGUAGAAGUUAAAGAAAAAAACUCCAGUGUGACGUGAGGUAAACGCAUUGAUUUUCUUUAUGGACACAGGCUUCAGUUUACAUUCAGAAAACAGGUAAUGUUAUAAUUUGUAAUAUUUAGAUAUGCAAAACUUAAGCACACAUACAUUUUCUUAGGCGACUGAAAGUCAUUGUUUCUUCAUCCUCGCUUGCAUCCAUGUUUUCAGUGAAAGUGAACACCCAUGGCUUAUGAAACUACACAAAACCCCUGAACAUAGCAUGACAGAGUCUGCAGAGAUCAAGUGACACAUGGGAACAGUUGAAUUAAUUCUGUGACGGUGUUUGAGCCGACGUUCACUUGGGGGUUUUUUUAAGUACAAGAUUGGUUUGGAAUUACAGAAAAUAACUUUCUGACGUUGACUUAAGCCUCCUGUCAGUGUUCAAAGUUACAUCAACAUCCCGCUGUAGGCAGGAUCACCAGAGAAAUAACUGCUAGCGUUUUGGGACGGAGGCCUUUUUUAUCUUAAGCCCCUCCCACCACAUGAGCACAGAUAUGCAACUGCUCAUCUCUCACAUUUCACUUUAAGACUUCUGUUCAGUUUUGUCGGUUUCAUUGCAACGUAGGCAGUGGUAUUAGCCGGACUAACGACCUUAAUAGCAGUCUGCUCUGGGCUCAUUCACACCCGCUCUUCUUUAUCGAAGCCUAGUUUGUUUGUUUGUUUGGAGGUGGAGGUGUGAAAGCACAACCAAACUCUGAUGCGCAUCAAAGAAGCUGGUUCAACAACAACAACAAAUAACAUUUUUUGUGACCCUAUUUUUAGUCCUGUAUAUAUGUUUGAAGGCAUUAUACUGUACAAAUAGAAAUGCUUGUUAUCAUCUGUGUUACCUGACAAAAAGCAGGUCCUCAGUGGACUGUGUGCGCUCUUUGUUUUGAUUUGUUUGGCAGUUUUGAUCAGUUUGAUCAGAUUCUGAUCAAACUGGCAUGUAGAUACUGUUGUGUGAUGCUUCCGUGCAUUUAGUCAUUGAGUAGAGGUUGGUCAAAUGUAAAUAUGAGUCUUGUGUUUUAUACUUUUGCCUGUAACGUUGUAUGUUGACAUUGCCGACUAAAUGUGAUAUUUAUAUUGA